AUGAUUUCCAAGGCUAUUUUGAUCACAGCGCUUAUCGCCUACGUCGAGGCUCGCUUCGGCCAGGAGCAACUCCCCAUCCAGGCCAUCUCCGCAGUUCAAGGCGGCGACCCUGGAGCUGCUUCUACCGUCGCUGGAGCUGCUGUCAGCGACCUUCUGGGCGGAGCCAACUCCUGCGCAAAGCUCCAGCGUGCCGAUCAAGUUGUCAGCGAACUUGGUGGUGGCGCCGAUGCCAUCGCUGCAGCAAUCGGCCUUGUUACGGCGGAAAAGAACACCAACCCUUUCGCCAACAACAACGUCCAGAACGUCUGCGGUGACCCAAGUCUUCCUGCUACAGCAGAGCUGAGGGGCAUCACGCCCUUGAUCGAUCCCGACGUUGAUGUCAAUGGCGAUGCUGCGGCGCUGAGUAAGAGCUCGGCGGCGAACCCACUGGCCGCUGAUGGGCUGAGCGUGUUUGAUCUGAUGAGCCAGGCCGGGCUAGGCGAUCUUGUGGUCAGCCAGACAGCGGCUGGAGGUGCCGCUGCUGGAGGUGCUGCUGGCGGUGCUGCUGGUGCUAACAACCAGCAAGCCAACAAUGGCCAGGAUCAAAACCAAGGUCAAGCAAAUGGCAAUGGCAAUGGAAAUAAUGACAGCAACAACAGCAACCAGCAGCAAGCCGCUGGAAAUGCGGACAACCAGCAGGCGAACGGCAACCAGAACACGAACCAGAACCAGAACCAGAACCAAAACCAGAACCAGGACCAGAACCAAAACCAAAACCAGUCAGGCAACAACAACAACAAUAACAACAACAACCAGCAAGCGAGCGGCAACGGAAACAGCGAGCAGAACUCCAAUGCUGGAGGUAGCGCUUCUUGCAAUGCUGGGAAUGCCGGCCAGAAUGCUACUGAAAGUGCCAAUCAAAACCAGAACGCUGGCAACGCCAACCAGAACCAGAAUCAGAACGCUGGUGGCUCCAACGCUACAGCGGACGUUGGAACCGGCGCAGCAGCAGGAGGAGCGUCCUCCGUCGCGGGCGCAGACUUUGGACAAUGCACACCUACCAUCAUCUUCGAAGGCGGCGCCAACGGACGACCCGCCAACGAAUUCACCUUCCAGAUCGCCGACCCGGUCGCACGCGGCGGCCAGGGGGAAGCCUUGAACCCUAAUAUUAUCACAAACGCACUCUGCAAUCAGUUAACAAACGUUUGCGACGCCAACGAUGCCGCCAAGGCCGCAUGCGAGGACGCGAAGGCUCAGGUCCAGGCUGCGGGUACCAAGGAUAAGAGCACGGCGGAUUUGUUCAACUCUGCCCUUGGCUUUGCGGGCGCAGUUACCAACCCGAGUGGGGGCCCUGCGGAACCUGCUGCUGCUGGUAAUGUAAACAAGAAGAGGAGCAUGAGGAGGGGAUUGAGGUUGUAG